GGCAGUUCACAAAGAAAAAAAGAAAGAAAAAUGGCUGAGAAAAGAAUGUCCCUGAAGCUGCUCAUAGACACUAAAUCAAACAGAGUCUUGUUUGCUGAAGCUGGGAAAGAAGUGGUGGAUUUCCUCUUUACUCUUCUUGCACUGCCAUUAGGCUCCAUUGUGAAGCUCCUGAGCAAGGGUCGAAUGGUAGGUUCCAUUGGAAGUAUCUACAGAAGCCUGGAGAACUUGGAUUCCACUUAUAUCCAGCCUAACCAAGAUAAAGACAUCCUUCUUAGUCCACAAGUAAGGGAACAGAAACUGUACCAGAACAAGCUCCUCUUACCAGCACCAGCUCCUGUAAAAGUUGAGGCAUACUACACUUGUGGCAUUAACAGUUACGGUAGUUCAUGUUCCCAAUAUGUCACUAAAACUAGUGGUAUUCAAUGUCCUUCAUGUAGCCGAAAAAUGGAUAAAGCAUUACGGUGGCUGCAGGCUGAGUCUGGGAUGGCAUCAGGAGUUGGAGGAGGAGAAGAAGGUUUAGUUAAGGGUGUGGUUACUUACACUAUAAUGGAUGAUCUUUCUGUGACUCCAAUGUCCGCCAUCUCCAGCAUCACUUUGCUCAGCAAGUUCAAUGUCAAGAAUGUGGACAUUCUCAAAGAGAAGAAUGUCAGCUUGGGCAUGAAAGAGGCUUUGGACCUGCUGAAGGCUUCCUUGGCGUCCAAGACCGUCCUCACUGAUGUGUUCUUAGCCAGCAAAGAGUAGUAAUAACUAAUAAGCUAUCUUGCAUUAUAUAUAUAUAUAUAUAUAUAUAUAUAUCUUCUGUUCUGUUUUUUUUGUUGGUUUGCUGGUUUUCCCAGACAUGGUCAUGAAGUUAUCUGACUUUUUGUGUCACUGAUAUCACAUGUAUUAAGUAUGGGUUUCUAUGUAAGCUCUUUUAAACAAGUAGCUACAAACCUAUGGUUUUGUGUAAGUUUUUCUGAGCAUAUAUGUGAUUCU